UUGUCCAGGGUGUACACCGCCUUCCGCCCAAUUGUAGCUGAGAUGGGCACCAGCGCCCCUCACGACCCCAAAGGGGAAUACGCGGUAGAAAAUGGAUGGAUGGAUAUCGCUGGAAUUGACAGUUUACGCAACCCGUCCUCUUGUUAUUGUUGACUAGCGCAAAUUAGCAGCGUUAGCCGCGCGGCUAACUGACGAAAGUUCGGAACAUAUCUCUCCAGACACAUUUUUAUCCCACCAGUUAUUAAGUCCACUACGCGUCGUGUCUUUUGGACCCACUGACACAUGUGGCGUGAUAAUUCGCUUCGGCGAAGGAAUUGUCACUGUGGCGUAAGUUAUGCGUUUGGGUGUGUACGCGGCUAGUGUGACAGAUAGCUAGGCUAGCUUGCUAGCUGUCACUACGAACUGACCGACUAAGUCGCGGUGUUCAAAAACGCUUUGGUGGAGUCCACGUUUUCUUGUUCGAACAUAACAAAUGACACUCGGAACCGCUCAAGUCGUCAUGCCGGCGAACUAGCCCUUCCAGUGUCGACGGCGUUAUAGCUCGCUAAAGAGGAGCCGCCUCCCGGCUAGCUGGAGGCGGCUAAUGCUAAUAAUGCCGCGCUGUACUCACCCGGCCCAACAAAUCAAGCCGCUGGGUGUGCUCACAAUGCCCCCGCAGAAAAACAAACAAACAAACAAACACAAAAAGAAACACUUCAAGCCGUCUUGCUGCGCGGUGAGCUGAUGAAGCAACCGAUUAUUCUCCAGCAGGCUCCGCCACUUUAACUUCCCGGUUGGCUUUGUACGUACGAGCGAUGAUGACAGAUCGUAUGACUUGCGGCUCUCAAAUUCAACCCUACAAUCCUACGUCCGGUCGAGCACCGCCAGUAAUAACACAAACUAUCCACAUUUAUCUCAUUUCAAAUAUUUUCAGCAUUACAUGCUUCGACAAGACAUCUAUGAGAAAACGCCCGGAUUUUUUUUUUCCUGUACUUUUUUUUUCAUUUAUUGUAUUUUUUUAAUUUUAUAAACCUUUAUUUACAAUAUGCAACAUUUACAUACAAUCAACAAAUAAUAAUACUAAUAAUAACAACAAGCACAGCAAUAGUACAAGACAACACCCGGAAAUAUCAAACGAUACCGUAGAAAAUGCCAUUUAAAUAUCGUACUUUCGUCAAUCUUUCUACAUACUGAUUUUCUAAAGUCACUUUUAUUCACAUCCUCUCGUCCUUUUGAGUUCUAAUGAAAAAGUAACACCAAUAUAUGUCGGCGCUUUAAUGGACAUGUUGCUAGGCAACGGCACAUUGUUUUUGCAAUUGUGUUAGCUCUCAUUUGUUUCCUCCACGGCAGGGAACGCCGUUUUAUACUUUUUUGUAAAUAUUCAAGAAUGUGGGAAGAUGUCCGACGGAGUGAAGCUGGCAGACAGGUUGACACAACAAAUGCCGACGGCUGGAAAACGAUGUCCUGUUGGGGACAGAGCCGAGGCUUGCUUACAAGAAGUGGAAAGGGCUCUAACCCCACCUGUGGUGAAGAAGUACCACGACAGUAACCGACCCAUGCCUGGCGUGAUCCGAGUGCACCACGGGAAGGCCAACGAUCCCAAAAUUGCAGACACAAUCGUCCACGGCAAGAGUGUCAAGUCUUCCCUGACGGCGGCAGCUUCCCUCAACCCUCCUGUGUGCAGCAGGUUCCAGCGUAAACUCCAAGACUUCAGUGAGGCCAUCUACGCAUCCCAAAGGAAGACACCGCUGGGACGUGUGCCCGACCAACGCCUUGGACUUCCCGGCUGGUACAACGACGAAACCACUUUUGGACAUAGAAAUGUGAGAGAGGUGGACGUCCGGGAUGUUAUUCAUCCUCCUAAAACGGCCAAGGAGUUGAACAAUGAGAUUCAGGGGUCACACGAGGCUUACGUCCGGAGUCACAACAGCUAUUUUGUCGGCGAGCGAAUAGAUCGGAAGUACGACACGGAUCACUACAAUAAAGAAAGAUGCUUUGGCAAGCCGACACCUCAUUGCAACGAGGGACGCAGGGUUGGCCGAAGUUUACGAUGGCUGGACGAGCCCACCGGGUUCUACAACCCAGACCGUGACUCAACUGGCUGCGUUGGAAAGUCACAGAGGAAAGGGGGCGGCUUGAAGGUGUCACCACAACACAGUUUCGGAUUGGUCAAACCUGAGGAUGAAUUUGGCGUGGGAGAAUUGAUGCACUGCAUGGACCCGGACGAGAGUGUUCGACCAAUAGAGCGUCACCGUAGUUUGUCUGGCGCGUUGCGACACCGCCUCAAGAUGAUUAACUUCCAGAACUUUUCUUCGAUUGUGGAGGCCUUCAGGUACUAUGACAAGAAAGGCAACGGGCAGGUCGACAAGGAGGACCUUCAAGAAGUGUGCCGUCACUUCAAGCUGGGGGUGAGAGAUUCGGUCCUGGGCGAACUGCUCCAAUACUGCGACACGUACAAAAACGGGUUUAUUGACUUCCUGGAGUUUGCAAACUACCUCACCUGGAAGGACAAGAUGCCUCUUAACAAAAAUGACCAGACAUUGGUUGUGAAUGCCCUGUAUCCGACCAGCUUAGACGGCGAUCCUGCAUCAGUAUUGACUCGGCCCCCUUCUUCCAAUGCUUUGUUAAAACCUGAAGACCUGGAACUUUUCAAGCGGGGCAGCUCAAACAAGAACGUGAGGACGAUCAGACGACCCGAUGGGACCCCGAAUCACUACAUCACCUCCGCCUCGUUCAUCGGGGCAGGCAGAGGGGGGCUGCAGUCAUCAAAGACUCGCACGUAUGGGCUCCCGUCGGUCCGCACUGACGUUUCGCUCACACGCAACAGGAGACUCAGCAACCUUAUUAAUUACGGCGAUAUGACCACAGCGGCAGAUCUGCUGGUGCCAUCAGUGUACUGCAGCAAUGGCGUCUACCAUGACCACUUCUUCAGUCCAUGCUCCAAGAAAGAGAUUGCGCAGGUCUACAGGAAUGUUGGCGAGGAUAUUUCUGAGGAGACGUUUGAAGAGGCUUGGAAGCUGGCGUCCACCAGGCAUCCCUAUGGGAGCGUCUGUGUGGACUCUUUCCAAGCAGCCCUCAAGGAAAUAAAAGCUUUGUAACCAGAAUAUUUGUGGUUUUUUUUACUGCUCUGUCAGGAAACCUUUAAGUUAAAAUGUCACUAAAUCAAACAUUUUAUCUAGGUGUGUCUUAGAAUAGUCCACUACUCCAUUCAGACUUCACAGUCGAAUGGUUGGACAUUGAACCCACAGUGGAGUACCUGAGGCCCCUCUGGGUACAGCAAAUGGUGUUAAGAGGAUGUCCCAAGAUGGGACACUGGGCCGGAGCCCCCAAUCUGAUACAUAUCAGACUUUACCAACACACGCAUCGGCCUUGGUGGGUCUCGCCCAAGAUUGGGCCUGGUGCGCUGCUGCGGCAGGAAGACUCCCUCACUGCUCCCCUCUAGCAAUGGUAAUGAUCCUUUUUCAGGUUCACCAACAUAAAAAUUGUUACGACGUUUCCAGGUACCGUAUUUUUCGGAGUAUAAGUCGCACCUUCCGAAAAUGCAUAAUAAAUAAGGAAAAAAACAUAUAUAAGUAUAUAUAUGGAGUAUAAGUCACAUUUUUGGGGGACAUUUUUUUGAUAAAACCCUACACCUAGAAUAGACAUUUGAAAGGCAAUUUAAAAUAAAUAAAGAAUAGUGAACAACAGGCUGAAUAAGUGUACAUUAUAUGACGCAUAAAUAACCAACUGAGAACGUGCCUGGUAUGUUAACGUAACAUAUUAUGGUAAAAGUCAUUCAAAUAAUUAUAACAUAAAGAACAUGCUAUACCAGGGGUCACCAACGCGGUGCCCGCGGGCACCAGGUAGCCCGUAAGGACCAAAUGAGUAGCCCUCUGGCCUGUUCUAAAAAUAGGUCAAAUAGCAGCACUUACCAGUGAGCUGCCUCUAUUUUUUAAAUUGUAUGUAUUUACUAGCAAGCUGGUCUCGCUUUGUUCGACAUUUUUAAUUCUAAAAGAGACAAAACUCAAAUAGAAUUUGAAAAUCCAAGAAAAUAUUUUAAAGACUUGUUCUUCACUUGUUUAAAUUAAUUCAAUGAUUUUUUUUUACUUUGCUUCCUAUAACUUUCAGAAAGACAAUUGUAGAGAAAAAAUACAACCUUAAAAAUUAUUUUAGGAUUUUUAAACACAUAUACCUUUUUACCUUUUAAAUUCCUUCCUCUUCU